GAAAAAAAAUUGAUAAACACAAACAAAUAAGUUUCUUCGGCUGUUGCCGUUCAGCAAUGUUGCGUAAAAAAGCUAUUUACAAAAACUCUUUUGAUCUGGCAGCAAUUAGAAAAAUUCUUGAAACUGAGGCAGGUGCAACAUGCUGUCCAAGCUGCGAUAUGCCAUUCGAUAAAGGCAAGAAGAGAAAGUUAAUUGACACAUGCGGGCAUGCGAAAUGCUAUACGUGUAUGUUUAAGAAUGAAUCAUGUACAAUUUGUGCAAAUACGCAACGACAUCACCAGGAAAUGCACGACGAUAUCAGCGAAUUUCAACGAGGAAAUCACAGCAAAACAUUCAGCGAUUACGAUACUGGAAUAGGCAGUUCCACAACUCUUGGCUCACCUCAACUUGCUUGUCGUUCGCUUGUAAAAACCAAUGGAUGUUUCACAAACUACAUGCAGCAGCCAUCAGCCAACCACGCUGUAUAUAGUAAGCCACCAAAAUGUCCUCAACAACAGCACUCAUUAUCACACCUGAGGGGAUUAGUUGAUGUCAGUCCGAAUAUUGUCACAACAAAGGCUGAGAUUUGUGCAACACCGCCACAAAAUCGACGACGAUUCUUCAUACCGAAGCAUUUAAAAAGUCCAUUUGCACUUUAUAAGAACAGAAAUGGCAAUAGUGGUGGAUCAUCGGACCAAAAUUAUACAUUUUCAGCAUUUUUCCAUAAAAACUUUGCUGGAUUCACAUCGAUGAACUCAUCAACAACAACAAACAAUUCUGAAUCGAAUAUCUACUCAAACACGUCGCCAUCACAAUCGAUAGUUAAAGUUAAGCAAAGUAAAGAUAAAGAGAACAAAUUGCAGCGAUUUGGUGGUGCUUUUGUGAGCGGCGGCACACUCGUGUUUGGGAAGAUUAAGUCUUUAUGGUCGGUUAAUGGAACGGGACUGAAUAUGUUGGCAGAUUCUGAUCGACGACAGAAAAGCAAGAUCAAAGAACAUUUAGAUGAUGAGAAGCAUGCAUCAUCAAACAAGUCUCGUACAGUCAAGGAUGAUGAGCUACAAGUUCGUCUUGGAUUAUUUUUGGAGAAUAAUAAUCAUAGUCAGGCACGUACUAAACAUAAACAAUCGUUGAAUUCAUUGGGAUCGAGUAACACGAGUCCAUUGUCAACAUUGACGAAUUCAUCGGAAGCUGACAUGUCGAAAGGGUCAUACCGAGACAAGUCACAGACUUCUCGACGCGGUUGUGAAUCAAUUGGAUCUCUUUUGUCUGUUUCUAUUUCUGAGAACAGCAAUGCAUCUUCAAACUCGAUGGGACGACGUCAUUCCAUUACUGGAAACCAAAACAACCUUGAAGGACUUGACGAAUUAGCCCAAUUUAAAGCCCGCAAAGUACCUGCAAGGCGAUCAGCACGAUCAGUGCAACUAAGUGCACCACUAGAUCCAAAAGUUAGAUUUGCUCAAUACCGAACAUCCGCCCAAUUACCAUUAAAGCCUUUAUUUUUCGAGGUGCCACAUCAAGAAGCAGAUCCUAUUUUCGUAGGACGCCACUGGCUAGUUCGUGAAAUAUCCAAUGCAAUAUCAACAAGCGAGUGCAAGGGAGUCAUAAUAAAUGGUGGCUUAGGCACCGGCAAAACAUUCUUUAUCCUUCAAAUGGUCGAAUAUUCAUGCUUUGGUCGUAAAAAGGACUCAUUAAUGCAAGAACAUGACGGGAUUUAUUGUCAAGUUAAUUUACCAAAUGAGCGACUAAAGCAGUUGGCAAGUCACGUUGUGGCUUAUCAUUUUUGUCAGAGCGAUAAUAGUCCAACAUGCACAGUUCCCGAUUUCGUGCACAGCUUGGCAGCACAAUUAUGUCAAGCACCACAACUCGCAGCUUAUAAUGAAUUCCUACUUAAUGAACCGCAUUUACAAAAUGUUUUGAGCAUAAAGGAAUGCAUUGCCGAUCCCCAACGUGCACUUAAAAUGGGAAUUCUCGAACCACUCGACAUGUUGAAGCGACAAGGCAAGAUUUUGAGUCGACAAUGCUUGAUACUAAUUGAUGCAUUGUGCGAAUCAGAGUAUCAUCGUCCCGACUAUGGCGAUACAAUAACAUCAUUUUUGGGAACAAUGUGUCACAAUUUUCCGUCGUGGUUGAAAGUUGUUGCGACCGUACGAACACAAAUGAUGGAUUAUACAAGCAGCUUGCCAUUCACCAAAAUUACAUUGGAUAAUUAUCAAAAUGAUACAAUGCAAAAAGAUAUAUUAGACUAUAUUGUAUUGAGACUCAAUCAUAGUCCAUCAAUACAAAAUAAUAUCAGCCACAUCAAUCCAUCUGGAACGUUGUCAAACUCGCGAGAGGGAACGUCAAUGAAAUUUGCACAGCAUUUAUUAACACUGAGUAAAGGCUCAUUUUUAUUUGCCAAAUUAACGCUCGAUUUAAUCGAAAGAGGACAUUUAGUUGUGAAAUCAAACAGCUUUAAGGUUCUUCCGGUGACAUUGUCACAAAUCUUUUUAUUGAACUUUAAUCUUCGAUAUCCGACGCAGAGUGCAUUCGAGAAGAUUUCACCAAUAUUAGCCGUAUGUUUAGCAGCAUUAAAUCCACUUACACUCAUCGAGAUAUUUCAUUCAGUUAAUGCUUUAGUCACAGAAGCACAACUCGAGUGGAAUGACUUUCUUAAUCGAUUUAAAAUGCUCGCUGGCUUUCUUGUUAAGCGAAUUGACAAUACGUACAUGUUCUUUCAUCCAUCAUUCAGGGAAUGGCUUAUUAUGCGACGCGACGAUGGUGAAAGUGCAAAAUUUUUGUGUGACCCGAGAACUGGUCAUGCUGCAAUUGCAUUUAGAAUGUCACGUCUACAAGCACCGUUAGAUCCCGAACAAACUUUGGAAUUGUGUCAUCAUAUAUUAAAGGCACACAUUUAUCGUACACCGCCUGUGACACAAGCACCACGUGACUUACAAGCUUUUUGGGUUGCGUCGUCUGCUAAAAAUAUUUCGUCAACUUUGUGUACAUUAAGGAAUAUUUAUAAUCCUAAUAUUAAGGUCUCACGAUUACUAUUACUUGCUGGUGCUGAUCCCGAUUAUCAGACACAACUUUUUGGUAAUGCACCGCUUUUGUGCAUCGCAGCUAAUGAAGGAAUAUUAAGUAUGGUCAAUUUAUUGAUUGAAUUCGGUGCCGAUGUCGAGAAAGCAAACAAUCAAGGCAGCACACCUUUAAUAAUCGCAUCUAUCAAAGGACAUUUCGAAAUUAUCCAACAAUUAGUGACGACAGGAAGCUACUUAGGUCAAACAGACACUCAACAACGUUGUGCCUUAGUUCAUGCCGCUCUUAAUGGACAUAGUCAUAUUGUAAAAUAUUUAUUAUCAUGCGACUGGAUACAGCAUGAGAGUCGUAAUGAUAUGAGCCUUAUGGAUGCUGCAAAGCAAGCACUUGUGUCUGCCUCGAGUAGAGGACACACAUCUAUUGUAGAAGACUUAUUACUUUCACUACCUGAGCUUGAUAUUGAUGCUAUUGAUUUCAUUACCGGUGAGAAUUCAUUGACAAUUGGAUCAUCAAAUGGACAUACCGAGACUGUCUCACUUCUUUUAUCACGAGGUGCAAAUCAUUAUAAUAAAAAUCGAAAGGGUAUGAAUGCCUUACUGCUGGCAGUUAAGGAAGGACAUUGGAAUAUUGUCGAGAGAUUACUUCAAAGUCGUGCUGAUAUUGAAGUUACGGAUCAAAAUUCAAGAAACGCUCUAAUGAUUGCAGCUGAAGAAGGUCAUGUUGGGAUUAUGGAAUUAUUGUUGAAUAAAGGAGCUGAUCAUGGGAAAGUUGAUAAAGAUGGACUUAGUGCUCUUAGUUGGGCAUGUUUAAGAGGAAAGUUGCUAGCUGCAAAGAGCCUACUCGAACAUAAUGCAGACAUUUGUCAUCAAGACAAUCAUCAAAGAACACCUUUAGACUUGGCAGCAUAUCAAGGAACUGGUGAUCUCGUCCAAAUGCUUCUCGAAAAUGGAGCACAGAUUGAGCACGUUGAUGAGAAAGGCAUGCGACCAAUUGAUAGAGCUAUCGCAUGUCGGAACAUCAAAGUAGUUCAAGUAUUUUUAAAGCAUGGCGCUAAAUUGGGCAGUUCAACGUGGUUUCUGGCACAGAGCAAGCCUGAAAUAAUGAUCGUUUUACUCAAUAAGCUACUCGAAGACGGCAAUGUACUUUAUCGUAAAAAUCGUCUACAAGAUGCCAGUCAUCGUUAUGAGUAUGCAUUAAAGAAAAUUCCUCAAGGAUCUGAAAAGUUAUUAUCCGAAAGUACGGAUGACGUUGAUGAGCAAUAUGGACAUAAUAAUACCUUCCAACAGUUGAGAUUUAAUUUCUUAAUUAAUUUGUCACGAUGUAAGCGGAAAAUGAAUGAAAUUUCCGAAUCAAUUGAUUUAGCCACAACAGCAAUUUCAAUAAAGACAAAUAAUUACGAUGGAUAUUAUGCACGUGCAAAGGCUCUAAUGGAAGCUAACAACUUGGAAGAAGCCUUACGCGAUACACAGCGGGCAAUUGACAAAGUGAAAAUGCAACAAAAGUAUCAAAAAGUAUCGACAGAUGUCAUUGAGACACUAAGUCGAUUAUAUGAGGAAUUAAGCAAAGUUGUUGAGAAUACAAGCUACCAAACUAUUCCAGAUAGAAUUUAUCAUAGACAAUCUCAUCUUGCUGAAACUACCGAUUUGUGAUUUACUUCCAUUCUUAUUGAAGAAGCUCUUCUUCUAAUUCGCUUGAACGAUUUUUUUUUUGACUGUUUUGGAACCUUUUUUUUGAUGUUGUGCAAUAAAAAAAUUAGUUUGAAGAUGCUCUUGUGAGGGAGGGAGGGUGGUUGAACUAGGCUAGGCUUAACAUUGUUCUUCUAGCUUUUGUGCAAAAAACAAAUGUGAUAGUGAAACCAUAAGAUUGAUAAAUUGCUUUUGAUGAGAAUCGAACCCUAUCAUUGAAAGAUUGACCAGCUAACUGUAUGAUCGGUCUAAUCAGUUUUAAUUAAAUACAUAGUAAAAUGAGUAUUUAACUUACUUACUUACUAUAAAAUCAUAUUUGCUGGAAAUUUUGCUUUAAUCCAGUGUUUCUUAAACUUUCAGCAAUUCAAGAUCAAAAACAAGACACUUUGAAUCAUUUACAAGUGGAACACUAAGGUGUCGUUCACUUAUGACGUCUAGGGGGGGGGGGGGGUCAGCAAGAAAGGAACAAUAGAAAUUCCAGGAAAUUCAUUGUUAUUUUUUGAAAAAUGAACGUUAAUUUCGGACGUCAUAAGUGAACGAACCCUAAUGUGUUGCUGACUCAAUGGAUAAGACUGCAUUUAGGAGCCGCAUAGAAUUAAGAGUUUGGACUUAACCUAAGGGAACUUUUUACGUAUUAGAAGGGGAGGGGAGGGGGGGGGGAAUAAAGUUUUAAAAUAAUAUUAUUGUUUUUGAAGGAAGUUUGUUUUUGUGUCACGUAAUAUGUGAACAGUCCC